AUGUCUGGACGAGGGACUCCCACCGGGAGCCAACGAGGCUCCAGAGGCCGACGCAGCGCUGAUGGUGAAAACGAUGACGAGUAUGAACAGCCUGAUUUACCUGCGACGGCCAAGGGCAAGACCAAAGGUCAGGACCCGCUCAAUCGACCUCGUGGCAACUUACCGCCCCCUCCAGAGUUCAGCGGCGAGUUGGACGACCCAACGGUGUUCAAGUGCUACAAGGCUUUGGUCGACAACUGGGUGUUCAUUGCCGAAAACAUCAUCGGUCCAGAAGAAAUUGGACCCCGCUUGUUCGGGGCGCUCAAGGAUAAGGCUUUCGAAUACGUCGAGGACGACGCGCCCUCGACGUUUGCAGUACCGAAUGGUGUGGAGCUCCUUCUUCAGAAGUUGGCAUUAUUCGAUCAACUCCCGUCGGUGAAGAUCGGAUCAGCGAUGGACGAUUUUUUCAUAUGGAUCAUAUCAAAGCAGGCAGUUCUGCAGGCCAAAGCUGUUGAGCUCGACAUUCCCGACCCGAUCAUCAUUCGGCAGUUCAUGAAGAGCUCUCAGCUGGACGCGAAGACACAAGCUACUCUACUGAUGGCGGCCGGUUCGACCUUCAAGUGGAAACCGCUGAAGGAGCAGGCCGCGACGCUUUUCCCUCUGCCGCUCGUUCCUCGCAACAAGUACCAGGGUGAUCGCAAGUGGAGACCGCAGCUCAACAGUGUCAACAUGGCGAACAACGACGGACAGCACGACGAGGUUUGGCACGAUGAGGAGCAGCGGUGCGAAGACGACGAUCAGCCAUAA